UAGUGGGUCGACCUGAGGAAGAGGAGGAGGAAGGCAGCCAGGGAGUGUGUUGAUACUCGUCCACACAUUGUGACGCCUCCUUAGUGGGAAUGAGGAAAAAACAUCGAGAAGCAACCGAGACGGUGGAAGUUAACGCGGUUUUGCUCUCCCCGUUUAUAACUUCUUCCCAAGUCCUGCCUUCUUCAUUAUCUGCAUGAUUACGUGAAGACAAAAAGAAACCCAACGAUGCAGAGCUCAGUUGACUCUUCACAGGUGAUAGAUGUCUCAAAACCCAAGCCAUCUCUCCCUCCCAAGCCUCGACUUACUCCCAAGCCUUUUUCUGUACAAAACAACACCAUUCGCUCUAUAAAUGCUCCAAAGGCUAUUAAUGUGUCCUCCAAGGACAAAGCCGGAAAACCUGUGGCUAAAACUGCCCCUAAACCCUCCUUGACCAAACUGUCCACAAAAUCACCUCAGGAAAAGUUCAGUGUGAAUAUAAAGGAUCAAACAAAACCAUCCGUAGCUGAACCCAAACCAGUUCCAGAACAGAAAGAAGUUGCCAAAACAAACCACAAAACAGCGACGCAGGUGGUGGUUGACACUAAACCAGCUGAUUUCAAAAAGAGUGAAGACAAAUCUCCAGCGACUGUGGUCCAGAAGCCUGAAGAAUCACAGAGCAAUGAUUCCUCAAAAAACAAUGAAACAUUUCAAUGGGGGGGAACCAGAAAGCGGUUGUCCGUAGAGCUAACCUCAAAGUUUAACUCUGGUGGUAUUCCUCGGUCCACUGAACACAGCAGAACCACAUCUUUGAAGAAAGGAAAAGAAAAUGAAGAAAAUGUAAACCAGCAGAAACCAAAAAUCCCAGAGCAUUCCACCACAGAAAGUGAUGAAACCAAACUGAUGGAGAACAGCAAUGGAGGUGGCAGCAUCAAACGCCGGAUCAGUCUUCUAUUUGAUGCAGUGUCAAAGCCAGAAGUUGCUGUGAAGAGGGUGCAGCCCGAGUUUGCAAAUGAAAUAGGUGGUGUCAAGGAGCGAAUCAAAAACUGGAGUCAGGAGACCAGCUUAGUGCCCCCAACUGCGCCAACAAGUGACACAACUGACAAAUUGCCGGCUGUUCCUGAAUUAGAAAUCCUAUCUCUGUCUGACACAACUGAAAAACCUCCAACAGAUCAUCAAGACAUAUCAGAGCAGUUGGAGCACAAGACAGUAGCAGAAGAGGAUGAUUCCAACGACUGCACCUUACCUGAACAUAUUAAAAGACCAGACUCUGUCAAGCGCAACUCUGUUCACUCUGGUGCCUUGAAGAGAGAUUGUGAUGAAGCUCCACUUGCUGUUGGGUCGGAAGCAGACACCAAAUCAGAGGAAGUAGGAACUGUAAAGAGCAAGGUAGCGGACAUCAGUGAGGUGAAACAAAUAAAACAUUUGGAAUUUGAAAAAAGGCAAAAAGCAGAGGAAAAUGAAAUACAAAGGAUAAAGUUACAGGAGAAGAAACAAAAAGAGGACGAAGAAAGGAAUAAAGAAGCAGCCAGACAGAAAAGAGAAGAGACCAGGAGGGAGGCUGAAAAAGAAAGACUUGGGCUUCAAAAGGAACAAGAGGAGAGGCAAAGAAGGCAGGAAUUAGAAAAAGAAAGGCUAAGGGAAGAGGAGAGGAGGCAAGGAGAGAAGCAGAGAAAGGAUGAAUAUGAAAGAGAAGAGAGGAAGAGAGAGGAGGAGAAAAAAAGAUUGAUGCUGAAGAGGGAAGAAGAGGAGAAGCAGCGGAAGGAGGAAUUAAUGAAAGAGAGGGUAAGAGAAGAGGAGAGAAGGGAUGAGAUAGAGAGAUUAAAGCUAAAGAGAGAAGAGGAGAAGCAAAGAAGGGAUGAAAUAGAGAAAGAGAGGCUGGGAAAAGAGGAGAGAAAGAGGGAUGAGAUGGAAAGAUUGAAGCUAAAGAGGGAAGAAGAAGAGAGACAAAGAAGGAAUGAAUUUGAAAGGCUCAGAGGAGAGGAAAGAAGGGAGGAGGUAGAAAGAAGAGUGAAGUUGGAUGAGGAGAAGCAGAGAAGUGAUGAGUUGGAGAAAGAGAGAAAGAGGGACGAAAGAGAAAGAUUGAGGCUACAGAGAGAAAAUGAGGAGAGACAGAGAAUGGAUGAUUUGGAGAGGGAAAGGCUCAGGGAAGAGGAGAGAAGGAGGGAUGAAAUAGAAAGAUUGAGACUAAAGAGGGAAGAAGAGGAACGACAGAGAAGAGAUAAUUUGGAGAGGGAAAGGCUAAGGGAAGAGGAGAGAAGGAAGGAGGAAAUGGAAAGAUUGAGACUAAAAAGAGAAGAAGAGGAGAAACAGAUAAGAGAUACAUUGGAGAGGGAAAGGCUGAGGGAGGAGGAAAGGAGAAGGAAGGAGAUAGACAAAUUGAGGCUGGAGAGGGAAGAAGAGGAGAAACGUAGAAGGGAUGAAUUGGAGAGGCUAAGGGAAGAGGAGAAAAGGAGGGAGGAAAUGGAAAGAUUGAGACUAAGGAGGGAAGAAGAGGAGAGAAAAAGAAGGGAUGAAUUGGAGAGGGAAAGGCUCAGGGAAGAGGAGAAAAGGAGGGAGGAAAUAGAAAGAUUGAGACUAAAGAGGGAAGAAGAGAGAAAAAGAAGGGAUGAAUUGGAGAGGGAAAGGCUCAGGGAAGAGGAGAAAAGGAGGGAGGAAAUAGAAAGGUUGAGAUUAGAGAGGGAAGAAGAGGAGAGACAGAGAAGGGAUCAGUUGGAGAGGGAAAGGCUAAGGGAAGAGGAGAGAAGGAGGGAGGAAAUAGAAAGAUUGAGACUAAAGAGGGAAGAAGAGGUGAGGCAGAGAAGGGAUGAAUUGGAGAGGGAAAGACUGAGGGAAGAGGAGAAAAGAAGGGAGGAGAUUGAAAGAUUGAGACUAAAGAGGGAAGAAGAGGAGAGACAGAGAAGGGAUAAAAUGGAGAGGGAAAGACUGAGGGAAGAGGAAAGGAGGAGGGAGGAGAUGGAAAAAUUGAGACUGGAGAGGGAAGAAGAGGAGAGACUGAGAAGAGAGGAAUUGGAGAAAGAAAGGCUUAGGGAAGAGAGAGAAAUUUUAAGACUAAAGUUGGAAGAAGAAGAAAGACAGAGAAGAGUGGAAUUUGAGAGGGAAAGACUAAGGGAAGAGCAGAGAAGGAGAGAGGAGAUGGAAAGAAUGAGAGUGAAGAAGUUGGAAGAGGAGAAACGGAGAAUGGAGGAAUUAGAGAAUGAAAGACGAGAAGAAGAGAGAAGGGAAGAGAGAGAGAGACUGCGGCACAAGAAGGAAGAAGAGGAGAGAAAGGAACUAGAUAGGGAAAGACUGAGGGAAGAGGAGAGAAGGAGGGAGGAGAUAGAAAGACUCAAGCUGAAGAUAGAACAAAAUGAGAGGCAACGAAGGGAUGAAUUGGACAGGGAAAGACAGAGGGAAGAGGAGAGAAGGAAGGAUGAGAGAGAAAGACUCCGACUGAAGAUGGAAGAAGAGGACAGAGUAAGAAGGGAGGAAUUGGAGCACAGGAAAGAGGAGUCUAGGCUGGCACAAGCACUGAAGGAGGAGGAGUCAAGGACGAGAUGGAGGAUGGAGAUGAAAAUGCAACAGCAGAAGGAAGAGAUGGAAGGAAUGGGGGAGCUGGAGACAUGGAGAGAUGAGGCACGAAGGGAAAAAGAGAGAAGGAGCGAAGAAGAGAGAAAAAGACAAAAUGUUAUUGAUGACACUAAGGCACAUUUAAUCAGCUUUGACUCAAAAGACUUGCCUCAAACCCCAGACAAAUUCUCACCACAAACUGGGAUAGUUUACGAUAACUUCUCACUCAGUGUUCCUACGCCUCUGGUGGAUAUUGGUCAGUUUGAUGAUUUUUCAGUGAAACCAACUCGAUGGGGUUCACAGCCGAAAAUGGAUGCAACCAGACGGGACACAAUGGUAGACGUGCUGGUGCCCCUGGCACCCCUUGGUGCCCGGGAAAGAUAUGCACAAGAGAGAGUGAAGACUGAAGAAGUCUUGGAGCCCAUACCCACCUUCAAGAGUCCAGAGGAAGUGGAGGAGCAUCGAGAGCAAGCAGAGGAGCCUCAAGAGCAGGAGAAACUGUUUCCCCAGGAAGAGUUAACAAAAGGAAGCAAACAUUACAAGCAUGAGGAUCCUGUCAGCAGUUAUUGUCCACAUGGUGAAGAGACGGAUGCUUUGAUUGACUUUGAGGCAGACAGGCAGCAUGCAGCGUAUGAUUGGAGAUCUAAAAUAGACAGGACUCCUUUUGAACCAAUAGUGAAGUCUGUCACUGAUCCACUUCCUGACGUCUCAGUCGAAGAUGUUGAUGCAAAUGAAGCAGAUCUGUCUCCUUUCCCUGAGAGCACCACGCCUCUUCUCGACACCAGUGCACAGAAAUCCAGGGUGGAUUUAGGGAAGAGGCGCAGACGAUCACGUCAGUCAUACUCAAGCCGCUCACGUGCAACUUUAACUGAGACUCCAGAGACUCCUGACUGGCGGUCUUGCGACUCCACAGAUGGAGGGCACAGGGAGUCUGACUCGGAGGGGGAGCAGCCAAAGCAAAGGAUUGUCUCUUCACCUUCUGCCUCCAGAAAGAUCCCUGUGUUUCCUGGCGUGAGCCCCUCAACGCUCAUUGCUCAAAUCAAAAAAAGAGCAGAGGGACGAGAGGAGACUGAAGAAGACCAGGAAAGCACAAAUGAUGAAGUGGUCCCAUCUCCCUCCCAGCUGCCUCGGCUCCCCCGCUCUGCGGGCCAGCUUGCAGGAGCUGCACGAGUACUUCCACCCAUAGGUGCCACAGAUGGAGGUGCGGUCUCGCCGGCUUGGCUGACAGAAUUGAAGUCUAAGAAGCGUAUCAGUCAACACGAAGGGGAAUGGUAGCUGAGCAGCAUGUGGAGCAGCCAAGCUGCAGCGCAGAAUCCAUCCAUGACAGAUGUUUGUGCCAAGAGACACCUCACCAAGGUUUAUAUUUUGCACUUUGAGUGCCUGAUUUGUACAUUUGAACCCGAUCUGAGCGAUGCAAACUGGAAUUCAGGGUUUUCAGGCAAAUUACAUGAAAUUGAAAACAUUGUUUUGUAAAUAAUUUGCCUGGGCUGUGUGACUUUUUAUGCUAUUCAGUGCAUAUUUGAACUAAUACUGUCAACUAGUGAUCAUCAACAUAAUGCAGAGCAAGACAUAAAUUGACUUUUUUUUCCCCACUCUGUUCUUUGUUGUUGCUGUUUGUCAAUUAUUAUUGACUGGGUCUAAUGUCAGUGGGCUGUUUCAAACUAAGUUCAUAGUCACUCACAUGUUCCAGUCAUUUUGGAUCACCCCUUUUCUUUAGUUGAACAUAAAAUGAUCUCUGGUAUUAAAUCUUCUUUAUACUUUAUGAAAUGAUUACCUACACCCUGUAUGUUCCUCUAUGCAAGAAAAAAUAUAUUUUUCUUCCUUUCAUAAUACAAUUCAUCCAAAUGCCUCAUUAUAACAUCAGCAAGCUUGCAUAAAAUGUAGGAAUGCUUUCAUGCUACUGCAUUAUGUGAAUACUUGACAUUUUUAAGUGCCUUUGUUUUCUAAUGAAAAGAAAAAUGACCACCAGUCACGAAUUUGCAAUGUUACAAUUUAUUAAAGGCUUUUCUACA